AUGGGUGCGUCUGCUGGCGCUAAUCAGAUCACACAGCAGGACCGAGCCCAAUUUGUGAACUUCAUCGUUGCGUCCAUCGCCAAAAUACAGGGCACGAAUUUCUCGCUCCAGCGAACAAAGCCUGUCGCGGAAGAGUACGAGAAGUUUGCGUUCAGCAACUCCUCCACCAAGAGGGAGUAUGUUGACUAUUUGAAAAGCAAGAUCGCCAGCAUCAACCAGUCUCGCCAGAACGCCAUGCAGAGACAACAGCAACAGCAACAGCAGCAGACCCAACAGACCCAGCAGCCGCAACAGGCUCAGCCCCAGAUGGCCCGGCCCACCUCACAACCGCAAAAAAUUGAUAUUCAGAACAUUCCCAUCCCGCCAUCGCUGCUCGCCAAGCUCCCACCACUAUUUCCGCAAGGGUAUAACACUUGGGCCAUGAUCAUGCCUUUUUUCAGGCAAAAGCAAAUGUCGCCGCAUGACAUGCAACUGAUCAAAGAGGUGUAUACCAUGCACACGCAAUUGAUCCGUGCGAAGCAGCAGCAGGAGUUCUCGCAGAUGCACAACGGCAUGCCAGGUGCCCAAGCCAACCAAGGCAUGUCUGCCGGCAAACAGAACGCUCCAAACCCGCAGCAGGUUCUGAUGUUGCAGAGACAACAGCAGAUGAAACAGUCCAUGAUGCAGCAGCAGCAGCCCAUGGUUGCACAGCAGCAGUCACAGCAACAGCCCCAACAACCGCAACAACCUCAACAACCGCAUCAGCCGUCUGGCAUGCGUCCGGCUAUCACUCCGGAACAGCUGGAAAGCUACAAAAACCAGGCAUUGCAGGUAAUCAAAAAUCUUCAGGCAUCUAACAAGCUGCCUCCCAAUCUCACACCCGAGCAAGAGAAUACAUACGUCAAGAGGUAUCUGUUCCAUCUGCUCAAUAAUGCGAGACAGCAGCCUAAAGUCCCUGUUGCUCAAAAUGGCAUGCCAGUUCAGAGCCAAGUGGUGCCUCAAAGCCGACCACAGCAGAAUGUUCCGAUAAACAAGCAGCAGAUUCCGAUUCAGCAACAACAAAAUAUGAUGAUGCAGAUGCAACAAAACCAUAUGAAGGCGGCCUCCCAGGCGCAGUUCAAUCCCAUGUCCGCGCAAGCGCAGCCUGCGCUGCCGAACAUGCCUCAAACGCAGCCUCAACAACUGCCAACCAAUCAGAAUCAGAACGGCCGCACGAGCCAAAGCGGACAGCAGUUUGGGAACCGGUUGCCUGGCCAACCUCUAACUCAGGGUCAGAAACCGGCAAUGCAGCCGGGAAAUACUGGUCCUCGUUUAUUCACUGGUGUGCAAGCCACGGAAGAGGACUGGAGACGGCUCAAGGCUAUAUACCAGGAGGUUGCAGCCACACCUAUUAAUCUCAAAGACCUGACGGACGAGAUAUCUGAGCAGGAGAAGCAGCAGAUUAUCAAGACCAUCAAGCAGUCACAACAGCUUGUUCUUAUAUCAGAGACAAUUAUCAUUCCUAAUUUCUACAUGAUGACCAAGAGUUAUGAGGGUACUAAAAAAUUGAUGUACAGUCAAUUGAUGAUCAAACAGGUUUUGGAACGACUGAAGAAUGGCGGACGUUUCUAUGCUAAUUUUGAUCUUCUCACCAAGGUGCAAACGCAAAUCACUAGGUUCCUUGCGUAUGUGAAGGAGCAAAACUCCAAAAUGCUCAAGGGCCAGCAGCAGCAGCACUCUGUUCCCGUCCAAAACGCCAUGUCACAGCCAGGAAUGGUACCUCCUCAGAAUCGGUAUAUGAUGCAGCAGCAGCCUGGAAUGAAUAUAUCCACCUCUACUUCGCCUGUCAUCCCGCGUGUUGGUACACCUCAGCAGCAGUUCAUGCAGCACCCACCAAUGAACAUGAAUGCCGGCGCAGUUCCGCAACAGUUCCAGCAGUUUUCUGAUCAACGGCAGAUGCCUAUGAUGGGGCAGGGUGCUGUAGCUGGCAAGAUUCCACCGCAGUUUAUUCCUGGGCCUCCUGGGGGCAUGAUGCCUGGCCAACAGCCGACGUCUGCCCCGGUUGCGGCAGCUGCUAAGAAACAGCCUAUUCGGAAGAAGCCUGCGAAGCCCGUGACCAGCUCUGCUCCUACACCAAAGAGUAAGACCAAUCCUCUUACGCAGCCGGGCGCUGUUCCUGCGUCGAUAGGUCUGAGCUCAGCUACGUCCAGUUCUGCCGCAAAUGGGGUUCUGUCCCCUGAGGUGCAGACGAUAAUGAAGGAGGCUACAGAGAUGAUUGGCAAGGAAGAGUCCAAGCUGCGUGUCAUUGACCAGCAAAGGAACAGGCGUCGUGAGCUAGCAAGCGUGGAUCCUGCGCGGUACGUGCUUGCUGUUCUUGCCGAUACACUUAAUUUGCCUGAGGAGGAGAGCAAGAUAUUUGAGAUGGCCAAGUCGUCGUCGAUGAAGAGCCGUACAUUGAGCAGUAAUACGGCGCAGGGUAACAAGGUGCUUACUCCAUCUGCCAUUCUGACUACACCUCUUCCAUUCAACGUGAAGACUCCGACGUCGUUCAAGUACUACGGCUCAGCCAUCACUCCGGCUGGCUACAAAGGAGGACAUUGGCGGGGCAAGGUUAAUGCCACCGUGAUUGCUGGGGUCUUCAAAGAGGUUUUCUCGAUGAUUCCUAAGGAAAGACGCGAGAGCAGCCGCAACAAUCUGGGCACCGGGCUUCUUGGCGACCUGAGCUCUUCUGUCUAUCCUACGCCUCCUGACGAGGAGACUCAAGGCAAGCGCAAGAUCGAGGAUGUUGAGGUUGAGAGAAAGAAGGUCAAAGUUGGCGACGGUCCUAACGACCUGGACGACCUCGACAAUUUGUGGAACUUUGAUGGGUGGUAA